ACGAGGGCUGAGCUGGGGCGGAGGAGGUGGGGGUAGAGGGCACCGAGACCGAGGGUCUCCGCACGCAUGUAGUCCUUUCACUACUUGCCUCUGGAGCGGUGAGGGCGGUCCGCCAGUGAGGGACCCUCGGUUCCUCCCGCCGCUGGCUUUUCCCACUUGGCAGUCGGGGAUGCUGGCCUGGGUGCGGGGCUCCAGACUCCAGCCCCUGCCCUUUGUGUAAACAGCACCUCAGUGCUUGCUGCUGAUUUCCGAUUCUGAGGGGUGCGGUGUGGGCUCGCCUUGACCCGUUUCACCGAUGAAUGCCAACUUUGUGCAGACACUAUCAUCCAUGAGGAUAGAGAGAUUACCCUCUACUCUCCUGGGUGGUACCUGUUUGCAGCUGUAUUCACCCCUUCCCACCCACAGGUAGUUGCAGGGCCAGGGCUUCUCAGGGAACACAAGAAGUCACAUCUCUGCCAGCUCUGCCUCCUCCUCCUGCCCAUCCCUUAGGAAGGACCCCACAGGAAGGAAGGAGAAGGCAAUGGCUGCUGGGCUGCUACCAUGGGGAGCUCAGAGAGAGAGAGACAGGAACAUCCAUUAGUUGCCUCCUGUACAUGCCAUGACUGGGAUCGAACCUGCAUCCUAGUUUCAGGAGUCAGCGACACUCAAGGAUGUGUGUGGAUUUCACUUGGGAAGAGUGGAUUCAUCUAGCCUGUGCUCCGAGGAAGUUGUGUGGGAACGGGACACCGGAGAACUAUAGGAGUGUGCUCUUCCUGGGGCAUCACCUUUCCAAACCAGAUGUGAUUUCUCAGUUGGAGUGAGAAGGACUGAGCCUGAUGCAAAAGAGCUUCCAGGGGCGUCUCUGUAGGAGGAGACUUGACUGUAUUUACAAGAGCAGAGGUAUGUGUUACAAAGGAGACACUGAGUGUGUGGAGCAGGACAUGCGAUGAUGUGCAAACUGCAGAUCUUCCUUCCAGAUUUUCUUCCAUGUUCUUGUUGGAUUAAGCCACAGUUUCAUCGCACUGUGCUGUCCAAAACCGAGACAAGAAAACAUUGCUUGAGUGCUACACUUGGCUCUUGCCUGGCCAUCAUCUGAUGUGUUCCUCACAACAUUCCGUGGGACUGGGAGACAAGACUUGAAACCAAAAGGACAAGUCCAAAGCCCAACAUUACCGAAGAUUUAUCCUAUCUGGUAACAAUGGAAAAGAAAGGUCUCUGGCAUUCUUCUUUAGGGGAGACCUGGGAACCUGAUAAUUGGUUAGAGGGGCAACAGAAAAACCCAGAUAGACAUCUGGGUGAAGUGGCAAUUACCCAUAAGGAAACCCUCACUGAGAGGAGGGUAUGUAGAGGUAAUGAAUUUGGAAGAUGUUCCAGUCAGGGUUCAAUCAUUGAUAUACAACAAAGUAUUCCUAUGGGAAAAAGGUCCUGUUAUCAGAAUUCACAUGGAAAAGAUAUUAAACAAAAUUCUGAAUUAGUUAAGAUUCAAAGAAUGCUGAUAGGAAAGAAAAUCUAUGAAUGUAAUGAAUGUGGGAAAGCCUUCAGCCAGAGCUCAUCCCUUCUUAAGCACCAGAGGAUUCAUACUGGGGAGAAACCAUAUAAGUGUAAUGUAUGUGGGAAGCACUUCAUUGAACGUUCCUCCCUUACUAUACAUCAAAGAAUUCAUACUGGAGAGAAACCCUACAAAUGUAAUGAGUGUGGGAAAACCUUCAGUCAAAGCAUGAACCUUACUGUUCAUCAAAGAACUCAUACUGGAGAAAAACCCUAUCAGUGUAAAGAGUGUGGAAAAGCUUUCCGUAAGAAUUCAUCCCUUAUUCAACAUGAAAGGAUUCAUACUGGUGAGAAACCCUACAAAUGUAAUGAGUGUGGGAAAGCUUUUACCCAAAGUAUGAAUCUCACAGUGCAUCAAAGAACUCAUACAGGAGAAAAACCCUAUGAAUGUAAUGAAUGUGGGAAGUCUUUCAGUCAAAGUAUGCAUCUUAUUGUACAUCAGAGAAGUCAUACUGGAGAGAAACCCUAUGAGUGUAGUGAAUGUGGAAAAGCCUUUAGUAAGAGCUCAACUCUUACCCUGCAUCAACGAAAUCACACUGGAGAAAAACCCUACAAAUGUAACAAAUGUGGGAAAUGCUUUAGCCAAAGUACAUACCUUAUAGAACAUCAGAGACUUCAUUCUGGAGUAAAACCUUUUGAAUGUAAUCAGUGUGGAAAAGCUUUCAGUAAGAAUUCAUCUCUUACUCAGCAUCGGAGGAUUCAUACUGGAGAGAAGCCUUAUGAGUGUGUUGUAUGUGGAAAGCAUUUCACUGGGCGAUCAUCCCUUACUGUACAUAGGGUUAUUCAUACUGGAGAGAAACCUUACAAAUGCAAUGAGUGUGGAAAGGCCUUCAGCCAGAGUGCAUACCUUAUUGAGCAUCAAAGAAUUCAUACUGGUGAGAAACCCUAUGAAUGUGAUCAGUGUGGCAAAGCCUUUAUUAAGAAUUCGUCCCUUACAGUACAUCAGAGAACUCAUACAGGAGAGAAACCCUAUCAGUGUAAUGAAUGUGGGAAAGCUUUCAGUCGGAGUACAAACCUUACACGACAUCAGAGAACUCAUACGUGAGGAAAGUUUUCAUCAGGCCCUUUACCAUGGUUAACUUUUCAGUGAUAAUCAGAUAAGUCAUAUAAUGUAGAAAUUGAAUAAAUGUGAAGAUUUGGGGAAUAUUUUGGUUGACAUAUAUUAUACCAUGUCAAAUGAUACAGACCACUGCAGAGAAACCUUAAAAAAGUGGAAAAUCUUGAUUCAGAAAGAACUUUGUAUCAGAAGGUUUAAUGUUCUAAAGAACAUGCUGAAGAUAAGUUCCGUUAUAUCAUACUACAGAUUCUCCUUUGGUUAUCAGAGACUUCACAGUGGAGAAGAAAUGUGAGAGUGCUUAACUGGACAGCUGAAAGACAUGGAAUGUACUCUGAUCUGUCACUAACAUGGACAAGUCACCUACUCUUACCAGGUCACAAUGUCCGUAUUUGGUAAAUGAGGGAUUUUGGAUUUAGAAGGUCUUCAGGAUCCCUGUGAGCUCUACAAAGCAACAAACCUAUAAAUAUAAGGAAUGCUGGGACAUCCUUAAUCUUUCACCAUGUUAUAUGUUAUUAGAUGCCCCUGUUUUACAACCUGGUUUCCCUUGAUGUUGUGAGUUAAAAUUCUCUACCUCUACCAAAUCUUUUUAUUCCUCCAUGCUCUUCCUUCUCCCUGCAUUAUUUUCUCCCCUAAAAUACAGGCUGGUUGCUAACAGAUGAUGGGAUAACUGUACAAAUUUUAAUGCAACAGCAUGCUGUUUUGAGUUCUCAACAGUCAUUAAAUUGUUAAAUAAGCUAAUUAUUUAGAAAAUAAAAUUUAAAUAUAGUGUUUACAUAGGAUUCAAAUACAUAUCUUUGUAUCAUACUGUACUGAAAUGGAAAGGAGAAUAGGCUAAACACUAAUAGACAUGAAAAUCUGACAUAUUAAGAAAGUCUUUGUAACUCAAAGCAUAUUCAGAACAAUCUUAUGGAGAUUGUAUAAUUCUAUAGAUAUGAUAGUAGAAAAACUUUUAUUUAUUUCACAUACAUUUAAUAAGUGCUAAACAUGUGCUAAGAUGAUUAGAAAAUCAAAGAAUGUGCUGUAGCCCUGGCUGGUAUGUCUCAGUGGUUGAAUGCCAGCCUGUGAACCAAAGAGUUGCAGGUUUGAUUCCUAGUCAGGGCACAUGCCUGGGUUGCGGGCCAGGUCCCCGGUAGGGGUGUGCAAGAGGCAACCACACACUGAUGUUUCUCCCUCUCUCCCUCCCUUCCCCUCUCUAAAAAUUAAAUAAAUACAAUCUUUUAAAAAAAGAAUAUGACAUAUUCUUGCUUUCUAAAGUUUAAACUGAGAAAAUGGUAGUGGGAUAGGGAAGGCAAAAUUCAAGCAAAAAUGAUACAAUCUAGAUAAUGUGGUUAACUGAUUAAAUGUGAGCACUUGAAUUUUUUAUUUGGAUAUAUAGGUGUGCCAUAAUUAAAAAUAUUAAGUUGACCAAUUUUGUGGGGCAAUGAUGAGUUCAGUCUGUGGGCAUUUUGAUGAAUCUGUGGAUAUCCAAGUGAACAUUCCCAAUAGGCCAUAGAAUAAACAGUAGGGCAGUGAUUUGAGGGUGCUCUAAGAGUACAGUAGUCCCCACCCUUAUUUGCAGUUUGCUUUCCAUGGUUUCAGUUACCCAUAGUCAACUUAGGGUCCCAAAAUAUGAAAUGGAAAAUUUCAGAAAUAAACAAUUCAUGUUUUAAAUUGUGCACUGUUCUGAGUAGAGUGAUGAACUCAUACUAUCCCACUACAUUGCCACCACACUCCCUGUCAUCAUGUAGCCAUUGUAUCUUG